ACCACUUGCAUCCAACACAUCUUCAUUCAAUUUUGUGUUGUACACCCAUACCCCAUACUUGUGUACAAUGAACACCUUCGUUGUUGUCAUUCUUUGCGCUUUUGUAACCGUAAAUGCCGGAUACGCGGGCAGUUACGGCGGUGAUGAGGGCGGUCACGGGGGCGGCCACGACAUCUCCCACACGGUCGAAAUCACCAAACCAGUAGCGGUACCAGUUUACAAACACGUAUCGGUACCAAUUCCCCACUCCGUGCCGAUUCCAGUACCAAAACCAGUAGCCGUACCGGUACCACAACCCUAUCCGGUCCACAUCCACGUGCCACAACCCGUCGCCGUGCCAGUGAUCAAGACCAUCACCAUCCCAGUCGAGAAACCAGUACCCUACAAGGUGGAGAAGGAAAUCCCAUACCACGUGGAGAAGCCGGUGCCAGUUCCAGUUGAAAAGCACGUGCCCAUCCACAUUCCCAAGCCAGUGCCCGUCAAGGUGCCCGUCUACAAGACCGUCUACCAUCACAGCAAACACUGAUCCAAAAACGCAAGAAGGCUGACAUCAUCGAUUUUCAUCAUUUAGUCAUUUUUUACUUGUUUUCACCUCAUCGUUGUUGAUUUUUGUUAAUGUUAUUUAAUUUUUUUGAUAAUAAAAAAAUUUAAUUGAA